UCCGAGGCCAGUACUUCCUUUCCCUGGGCCAGGAAGUUUCCGCAUCCCUGGCGCAUGUCACUGCAGGGCACUCAUCCCUGCAGUCAUGCUUCCAGCUGGUCCCGAAGAUGCUGAGAUGCACAGGUCCAGCCAAGGAGGAGCUCUCCAACAGAGCGGAGAGGUCUGCAGGGAGGAGGAGCCGGGGCUGCCGCUCUGCAGGAAGGUUUGCUACGCUGUUGGGGGCAUUCCCUACCAGAUGACGGGCAAUGCCCUGGGGUUUUUCCUCCAGAUCUUCCUGCUGGAUGUCGUGCAGCUGGAGCCGUUCCAUGCCUCUUUGAUCCUUUUCCUUGGAAGAGCCUGGGAUGCAGUUACUGACCCAGCUAUUGGCUUCCUGGUCAGCAAGAGCCCGAGGACAAAAUACGGCAAGCUGGUGCCAUGGAUCGCGUGCUCCAUGCCCUUCGGGGUGCUCUGCUACUGCAUGAUGUGGUCCAGCCUCCCGGAUGCCACCCCCGCCACCCUGAAAUUCCUGUGGUACCUGUUCAUGUACAGCUUCUUCCAGACCUGCAUGACUUGCUACCAUGUGCCGUACUCUUCCCUCACAAUGUUCCUGGGAGGAACCCAGGGAGACCGUGACUCAGCCACUGCCUACAGAAUGGGGAUGGAGGUGUUCAGCACACUGCUCGGGUCAGGAAUCCAGGGGCAGAUGGUGGGCAGUUACCAUGCCCGCAUGAACGGCUGUUCCAUGUCGAAUGAGACCGUGUCCAACACCAGCACCUCCGGCCUCACCGGCUCCCUGGACAACACGCGUAGAGCCUAUUUAUUUGCAUCCCUGGUCCUGGGCUCAGUCUAUUGCCUUUCCUGUCUGGUUCUCAUCUUCGGUGUCAAGGAGCAGCCAGGGCCCCUCAGGCCCCUGGGGAAGGUUGAGCUGCCCUUUGCCAGCUGCCUGAGGAUGAUGGUGGGACACAAGCCCUACACCCAGCUGCUCUGUGCCUUCCUCUUCGCAUCCCUGGCUUUCCAGACCACACAAGGGAUCUUUGCCUUCUUCUGUACCCACGCUGCGGGGCUGGCCGGGAAGUUCCAGCAUUUAGUGCUUAUCAUGUUGGUCACAGCUUCCCUCUCCAUUCCCUUCUGGCAAUGGUUUUUGGGGAGAUUUGGAAAGAAAACAGCAGCCUCCCUGGGCCUGGCACUCAUCAUCCCAGCCCUGGUAGCUGUCACCCAAGUGAUGCACAACUUCCCGGCCUUCAUCUUCCCGGUGAUGGUGGCAGGCUGCAGCAUGGCUGUGCUCUACCUUUUGCCAUGGUCCAUGCUGCCGGAUGCAGUAGAUGACUUCAUGCUGAGGAACCCCGGCUGCCUCAACCUGGAGGCUCUCUUCUACUCCUUUUAUGUCUUCUUCAACAAGCUUGCCGGGGGCCUUGCCGUGGGGAUAUCCACACUGAGCUUACAUUUUGCAGGUUACCAUGCUGGAGACUGCACAUCCAACCCCUCUGUGGUCCUCACCCUGCAGCUUCUCAUGGCUCCAGUCCCAAUAAGCCUGCUGCUCAUUGCCAUAUUCGUCUUCUGCCUCCAUCCCAUUGACACCAGGUACAACCCAAAUAAGCCCUGGCUGGCAGCGGGUGAGCUCACCGGGACGGACGCGGAGCUGCUGCGCUCUCAGGAUGUGCUGCUCUCAGGGAAAGCCAUCGCUUCCUGUUGUUUCCUGUUCCCUGUCCCAAAGGCCUGCUCUGCAUCCUGCCCCCCUUCCUGUCCCGCUGCACACAUACAGCGAGCUCUGACACCUCACUGGGGCUGCUUGCUCCAGGGCUUGGCCUCGCUGCUCUUUCGGCAGGUCCUGGCAGACCUGGGCAAGGCAGAUCCAUGGUCACCUCCCGGGACAGGCUGCAGUGCCAGCAGGAAGGGCACUGGGGGGGCAGAGGUGUCACUUCAGCUGUGGAAAGCACACACCAAGAGCACUGCGGUUGUUUGCAAAAGGAAGCUCUUUUUGACCAGAUUUUAGGGAAAAUACAGCCAAUGCAGCAC